CGCAUGCUCGUUGCCGCGCCGGUUGGGAGCGCCGGGGCCGGGAGGCGGGCACCCGGCGCAGGUCCCUCGGGGCAGGGGAGGCUUGGGCCUGACGCCGGCCACGCAGCGGCGGGAAAGCGAGCACCCAGGCGGCGGCGUCCUGGAGACCCGCGAGAGAUGGAAGCGGCGGCGACGCCGGCGGCGGCCGGGGCGGCGGGGCGCGAGGAGUUAGAUAUGGAUGUAAUGAUGCCCCUGAUAAAUGAGCAGAGUUUUGAUGGGACAUCAGAUGAAGAACAUGAGCAAGAGCUUCUGCCUGUUCAGAAGCAUUACCAACUUGAUGAUCAAGAGGGCAUUUCAUUUGUGCAAACUCUUAUGCACCUUCUUAAAGGAAAUAUUGGAACUGGCCUUUUAGGACUUCCAUUGGCAAUAAAAAAUGCAGGCAUAGUGCUUGGACCAAUCAGCCUUGUGUUUAUAGGAAUUAUUUCUGUUCAUUGUAUGCACAUAUUGGUACGUUGCAGUCACUUUCUAUGUCUGAGGUUUAAAAAGUCAACAUUAGGCUAUAGUGACACUGUAAGCUUUGCUAUGGAAGUGAGUCCUUGGAGUUGUCUUCAGAAGCAAGCAGCAUGGGGACGGAGUGUGGUUGACUUUUUUCUGGUGAUAACACAACUGGGAUUCUGUAGUGUUUAUAUUGUCUUCUUAGCUGAAAAUGUGAAACAAGUUCAUGAAGGAUUUCUGGAGGGUAAAGUGUUUAUUUCGAAUAAUACCAAUUCAUCAAAUCCAUGUGAGAGAAGAAGUGUUGACCUAAGGAUAUAUAUGCUUUGCUUUCUUCCAUUUAUAAUUCUUUUGGUCUUCGUUCGUGAACUAAAGAAUCUGUUUGUACUUUCAUUCCUUGCCAACGUUUCCAUGGCUGUCAGUCUUGUGAUAAUUUACCAAUAUGUUGUCAGGAACAUGCCAGAUCCCCACAACCUUCCAAUAGUGGCUGGUUGGAAGAAAUACCCACUCUUUUUUGGUACUGCUGUAUUUGCUUUUGAAGGCAUAGGAGUGGUCCUUCCACUGGAAAACCAAAUGAAAGAAUCAAAACGUUUCCCUCAAGCAUUGAAUAUUGGCAUGGGGAUUGUUACAACUUUGUAUGUAACAUUAGCUACUUUAGGAUAUAUGUGUUUCCAUGAUGAAAUCAAGGGCAGCAUAACUUUAAAUCUUCCCCAAGAUGUAUGGUUGUAUCAAUCAGUGAAAAUUCUGUAUUCCUUUGGCAUUUUUGUGACAUAUUCAAUUCAGUUCUAUGUUCCAGCAGAGAUCAUUAUUCCUGGGAUCACAUCCAAAUUUCAUACUAAAUGGAAACAAAUCUGUGAAUUUGGGAUAAGAUCCUUCUUGGUUAGUAUUACUUGUGCCGGAGCAAUUCUUAUUCCUCGUUUAGACAUUGUGAUUUCCUUCGUUGGAGCUGUGAGCAGCAGCACAUUGGCCCUGAUCCUACCACCUUUGGUUGAAAUUCUUACAUUUUCUAAGGAACAUUAUAACAUAUGGAUGAUCCUGAAAAAUAUUUCUAUAGCAUUCACUGGAGUUGUUGGCUUCUUAUUAGGCACAUAUGUAACUGUUGAAGAAAUUAUUUAUCCCACUCCCACAGUUGUAGCUAGCACUGCACAAAGUCCUUUUCUAAAUUUGAAUUCAACUUGCUUAACAUCUGGUUUGAAAUAGUAAAAGUGGAAUCAUGAGUCCUCUAUUUUUGUCUCAUUUCUGAAAAUUAUCAAAAUAACUAGUAAAAUGCAUUGCCAUAUACUUAAAAAUGGUAAGAAACUGCAUUUUCUUUUGGCACAGUGUUAAUAUUUUGGAAGUAAUUGUAACUCUUUACCAGUAGUGGUAAUCCUAUGACAAAUUUUUGGUUUUAAGUGUUAGCAACAGUUUCAAAAAAUUAAGUUCUGAAAAUUGAAAAAAAAUUAAAGAAUAAAAAUAC